UCCAUUUACUGCUGAUGAGACAGGACUGGUCUGUCUCAACUCCGCAAUCGUAUUCACAUCACUAAAGCACAGCAGGAGGUUUCAAUCACAGUUGGAAUUCCUUCCUCCUCAUUACAACUUUGCUUAUCGCUUGAUGCCUACAGUAAGCUGUUGAUGUUUUUUUAAAAAGCUCGCAGCAUCUUAUUUGCUUCCUCCUCUUCCUGUUUCUCUUAGCUACUAACAAUAGAGAAAGAUGAGUGGAUUUCUUGCGAUAGCCCUGCUGCUGUGUCUCCUCAAAGAUGGAACGUACAAGGCCAGUGCGUGGGAUGAUAAAGACUUCUUCAGGUACUGUCCGCCAUCUCGCUGCAGCGAACAUGGGCCGGAGAUCAGAUUCCCUUUCCGGCUUGAAUCCAGCAAUACACCAUCAUUAUGCGGAGCACCAUGCAUGAAGCUAGCAUGCUCUGGCGAGGACACCAUUCUGGUUCACCCAGCUCUUUCCGCAUACAAAGUGAUCGCAAUAGAUUACAGGCUUGGCAGGCUGACGAUCAUCCCACGUGCGGGCUUCUCCUCUCCCUGCCAAUUGAUUGACAAGAUCAUCUCGGCAAGCGUAGCACUUGAUUUACAGUCAUCUUGCCUGAAUCAGUUCCGUUUCUACCACGCGGUCAUAGUACGUUGUUUAGGAAAGUUCACACCACACAGCGAUGAUGCAGAUUUUAUCGCAGGCCCGGUCUCUUGCCUGAGCAACGCAACAUACUUUUCAUAUCUGGUGUCUCCUUUGGAAAAAAUGUAUGUUCUUCCAUUGGACUGUAAGGUCUCUGAUGGCAAGAUUCCAUUACCGGUACCAGAUACCAGCCCCUCAACCUUCAAGGAAACAGCAGAAAGAAUGCUUAAUUUUGAUGAGAUGACUUCCAUUAUAUAUUAUCAUUUACAUCAUUUUCGUCAAAAUGAAUAUUAUUAUCCUGAUGACGAAGAAUGCACACAAUGCGAAGGGCAAGGACGACGCUGCGCAUUCAGCUCACAGAGGAACCAAACGUUCUGCAUGCGCCACGGUUCACACGUCAAAGUCAUUGCAGCUACAUCAUCGGUAGCCGCACUAGUUGUCCUAUUGUUGAUGGUGGCCAGUGCACUCUAUCUUUCACUAAAGGGAAGAUAUAACGAAGAGAUACACUUGAAGGUUGAAAUGUUCCUCAAGACAUAUGGGACGUCGAAACCCACAAGGUACACAUUCUCUGAAGUUAAGAAAAUAGCAAGGCGAUUCAAGGAAAAAAUAGGUCAAGGUGGAUUUGGAAGUGUAUACAAAGGUGAGCUACCAAAUGGAGUACCUGUGGCAGUCAAAAUGCUAGAGAACUCUACAGGAGAAGGAGAAGACUUCAUCAAUGAAGUUGCAACGAUAGGACUCAUCCACCAUGCGAAUAUUGUGCGCCUCCUGGGCUUUUGCUCUGAAGGAACAAGACGUGCCCUUAUUUAUGAAUUCAUGCCCAACGAGUCAUUGGAGAAAUACAUAUUCUUGCCGGAUUCUAGUACUUCUAAAGAACUACUGCCAAACAAAAUGGUAGAUGUCGCUUUAGGCAUUGCCCGAGGAAUGGAAUACCUACAUCAAGGAUGCAGUAAGCGCAUCCUCCACUUUGACAUCAAGCCUCACAACAUUCUGCUAGACUACAACUUCAAUCCAAAGAUCUCAGACUUUGGCCUUGCAAAACUGUGUGCAAGGGAUCAAAGCAUUGUUACCUUGACGGCAGCAAGAGGCACUAUGGGCUAUAUUGCACCAGAGCUAUAUUCUCGGAAUUUUGGAGGCGUAUCCUACAAGUCCGAUGUUUACAGUUUUGGCAUGCUGGUGUUAGAAAUGGUGAGUGGAAUGAGAAACUCAGACCCAAGUGUUGAGAGUCCAGAUGAGGUUUACCUCCCAGAAUGGAUCUUUGAGAAAGUAAUUACCGGGCAGGACUUGGUACUUGCUAGGGAAAUGACAGGAGAAGAGAAAGAAAAGGUGAGACAGCUGGCAAUUGUGGCACUAUGGUGCAUUCAAUGGAACCCAAAGAACCGACCCUCAAUGACAAAGGUGGUAAACAUGUUAACAGGGCGGUUGGAGAAUCUACAGAUUCCCCCAAAGCCUUUUGUCUCAUCUGAAAGUCAUACUAUGCCGUAAAACAUGGAGGGCACACAACAAUGGCUUAGCGAAUAUUUGAGAGAUAAACUUUGUUCCUACUGUGUUGCAUAAUAAUGCAUAGCACUAGCAUGCAAUGUAUUUCAGUCUUUCCACUGUAUUAGCACCUGAUGCAUGAAUAAUUGGUGGUCACAAAUGUAAUACCGCUUGUUAUUUGCAUUAUAUCAGAUUCACAUUGGACUUGAGUUGUAAUCUAAUAGUUCAAAGAUAAUAUUUUUUAAAUUUCCAUAUUCUGUUA